AUGAAAUUCAAGACGCUCUUGGGUAUGCCGCUAGCCUCAACGCCAUACGGUGUGGUGGCGCGGGUCUCCACGCCGCCGCCGCCGCCCGAAAAAACGGCGCGGAUUCAUACCAUAUAUAACGACAAUGACAAUGACGGCCUCCGUAGUCGAGUGGCUUGCACGCCGGUUUUCGUGGUGUCGCUAUCUUCGAGAUUGACGAAGGACAUACUUAUACAGGCUCCAUUGUUCCACGCACUGGCAUCUGUGAUCACUACGAUUGCAGGAUUAACAUACGGUGCCACUCUGGUUUUGGGAGCUCCAACAUAUAAUGUUGCGGCCAAUUUAAACGCCAUCAUUGCUGAAAACUGUACAGCGUUAACAGGCACACCCACAAUGCACCUGGAUCUGCUAUCACAAAGUCGAAGAAAGGGCCUCAAACCGAAUAGCUUGCGCGUGGUGCUUGCAGGUGGAGCGCCUUGCAGCCCGAAGCUCAUAAAGGACAUACAGUACGAAUUCAAUGUUAAAUCUGUUCUGGCUUUAUACGGCCUGACGGAGUCCACGGCGUCCAUAUUCCAGUCUUUGCCCGACGAUAGUAUCAACAUGGUCGCUGAAACGGUUGGCUAUAUUCAGGACCACGUCGAAGUCAAGGUGAUAGACGACAACGGAGUGACUGUGCCAUUUGGAGAGCCUGGGGAGCUUGUCUCCCGAGGGUACAACAAUAUGAUCUGUUACUGGGAUGAACCGCAAAAGACCAGAGACACCAUAGACAAAGAUGGCUGGCUAAAAACGGGAGACAAGUUCACAAUAAGCGCAGAUGGCUACGGCAGGAUCGUGGGCAGGCUAAAGGAUAUAAUCGUGAGAGGAGGGGAGAAUAUCGCGCCCAAGGAAAUUGAAGACUUGCUCAUUACUCAUCCCGAUAUCAUUGAAAGUCAGGUUGUAGGUGUGCCAGAUGAGCGAUUAGGUGAAGAACUAUGCGCGGUAGUCCGCGUCGGAGAAGGCGCGAAAAUCACAACACGGGACAUCUCCGAAUUCUGCUCAGGGAAACUGGCCCGGUACAAAAUUCCUCGUCUACUCAAAUUUAUUGAUGAAUUCCCAAAGACUGGGUCUGGGAAAAUACAAAAAUUUAAAAUAAAAAAUAUGAUCGAAUCCGGUAAACUUUGAUACAUUAUAAAUAUAUU